CACUUUAGCAGGCCAAGCUGUUGUUUUGAUGAUUGUCUGGAUUUGUGUAAUCGUGAUCCACAAUAUUAACAUAGACAACACACACAUUUAUAUCUAUAUCUAUAUAUAUAUUUAUAUGUAUGAGAUUGUUAAGAGCAUUAUUAAAUGAAAUAUAAUAUAUUGUGCACUGCUGGACCUGUCUGAGGCAUCUCUUUCACGAAACUUGAAUCAUAUUGGCUAAAGGCACUGGGAUUUGUAUGCCAUGCCACAAACCCCCCAAAUGCAACAUCUCUUUGGUUUCUGUGUCCCCAAAAAUGAAAAUAGAAAAAAAAAUAAGGGAAUCUUAAAUUCUUCUUUAGUUUUAUUUUAUUCUUUCUUUUUGCAGUAUAUAGUACUGAACUACUGAUCAUGGGAAUGUGAGGAGGGAGUUCUCUGUCCUCUCUCUCUCUCUCUCUAUCAAAAACAAAGCUGUGGCUCAACUUGGAGGACAUUCAAGCAAAGUGCUGUGGUAACUUUUCCCGGAAAGUCUCUUUCAUUUUCUUGAGAAAAACAUCAAGUUCAAGUCGUGAUCUCUCCUGAAUUCAGGCGAUCGUACAGGCAUACAAGCUAGAAGGUAACACAUCAUCAUCAGAGUGGACAUGCGACUACCGAUCUGAAAACAAAAUUCUACUUUUCAUUAUUAUCAGUGCUGUCUUCUUCUACUUCAGAGAUUCAUCUUGUAGAAGAGUUGAGAAAGUGAUAUAUAUAUAUAUAUUAAGUUCAAAUGGAGAAGCUUUUGAAUCCAUAUGAUAAGGAAUACAUGAAGAUGGCUAUGUUGAAGCAUGAAAAAACCUUCAAACAACAGGUGUAUGAACUCCAUCGUCUCUACCGGAUUCAAAAGAUAUUGAUGACAAACGUUGAACAUGGUAGGCCAAAUGGAGAGAACCAAGAAAGAUGGAAUUUUAUGCGCGGAAUUAGUCUAACUCACAUGAAUGAUCAUCAGAUUCAUCAUCAUAUCCACCAUAAGUCCCGGCCUGGGCUUGACUUGGAGCAGCCUGUCAAUGAUGAGUACAUUGCAGAAACAAACGGAGAAAUAGCGCAAGAGAUUGAAGAUGAGAGCGAAAUUCAGCUGACAUUAGGCCCCACGAGCUACUACCGGAGAAAGAAGAAAGGAGAGACACCGCGAACUUCAGAUUCUGGACCGAGCUUUUCUUCUUCUUCUACUGGAUCUAGCCAUAUGAAGAGGACAAAUUCAGGAACAAAUCAUACAACUAGAGAUGGUCAUUUGACAGGUCACAAAUUGGGGCUAACAAUGGUGCCUGAUUCGAAUUCGGGUUUGCAAAGUGGAAGAAGAAAUAGUUUCGAUGUGGAAGAACAGUUGAAUCAAGAUAGAUUAACACUGCCUCCUUGGCUUUUCCAACCUCGGAGCAUGAAAUUCAGAACAUGACUUGAAAAAAAAAAUCUAUGGAGUUGGUAUGAUAAAGGAUUUUAGAUUGCUUCUGAUUCACUAAUUCUGUGAUUGAUGUUUGUGUGGAGAUUUUUUGUUUUUUUUGGACUUUAAUGGGUGAUGGAGUCUUGUGUGAAAAUUAUUUGUUUCCCUGACUUUUGGAGACCCAUUAUAUCUGCAAAUCACUUUCAAAAUAGCGAUAUCUGGUGACGAAUCAGUAUUGAUUUUGGUGUAACGAACUGUUAGUAUUGGAAGUGCGGAGCGAGAUGUAUCGAGGAUUGGGUGAUACGGUCUUAAAUUUAAAAAAAUUGUCACCCACAAAAAGGAGCUAAUUUAUUGUAGCUUCGAACCAACUGCAUCGGUUAUGUAUAAAUCAAGUAGUGAAUUGACUAUGAA